AUGCGCAAACGCCCAGUCACGAGUCACAACUGGACAGAUGCAAACCGCCGGACAGCGGACACAUGCGCUGCUCAGUGCUCCACUCGUGACUUUCAUCGUCAACGCCGAUACGACCGAAAAACAUCAGAGAACAGCUCGGCGUUGUCAACCUCGCGGGCCGCCACGGGUUUUUCAGAAUUCGAGUCUGAUCCCCUAGCCAUCUUUUGUUUACAUCUGGUAAAAACCAAACGAAUGACCGCGUCUACAAAUGCCUGCUUAUCGAGCCUGAAACUGCUCGUCGAUAGACUUGCUCAGCACCGCAGCGAAUCGCACAGUACGGAAGAUGGCGGGUACGACCACAUUAACACAAACUUGGCCGUCCGUGCCUCUACUGCUCACGGCGUCUACUUGCUCGCCUACACAUUCCAUGACCUUGUCGAGCAACUCAUGUCCUCGGACGCCACGUCGACCAAGGUGCGCUUCGGCGUGUCUGUACAGCACACACCCGUUGCGGCACUUGACAGCCUACUGCGCUUCUACCUUUUGCAAAACUAA